CUAAGCACUUUAAGCCUUGUUCUAAUGAUUAUUUAUUCUUAACCAGAAAAGGAAGUAAAUUAAAGGAUGUCCAGGUGCGAACUAUUAUCAAAAGAAAGGUUGAAAGGGCAGGAAUUAUUAAGGCUAUUACUCCCCAUACUUUUAGGAGGAGUUUAGCUACUAACCUUUAUAAUAAAGGCGGGAAGUUAGAGACUAUUCAAAAGCAGUUGGGGCAUAGUAAUAUUCAAACAACCCUGGGCUAUAUUCACAAUGAUUUUAAUACUUUGUAUAAGGAUUAUACCUUAGACCCCUCGGGCACCGGAACUACCGGAAUUUGUUUAAUUAACGGCUCCCAAAUAACCUUUAAAGAAUUCAAAA